GACUGAGUUAAAUGAAUUUGGGGGCAUGGGCUUGAUUUGAUUCAGGGCUCAGCUCUGAAAAGCUUGAAGGAUUAACAGGGUGUUUGUGAUAACAUGCAGAGGUCUUUCUCCUUACUACUGAACAGCCAGGACCCCUCUAGGGAACAGAAGUUACUAGUUCAACCAAAGCAGAGCAUGUAGAAGGGUUGAGUCUUUUAUCUGAGAAUUCAUCCACUGGGCAAGUGUGAUCACUCUCCAGAAUCUCAGUUUGGGGAGGUAUUGGCCAACCAAAAUGGGAACGGCCUAUAUAGGCAGAGAAAAAUAUUGUGAUGCACCUUACGAUUCUGUCUCAGGUGGCAUCCCUACUACGGUAGUUCCUCUGGCACCAGGACAAAGGGCUACUCUCAAGUGAAUGCAUCCACAACAGUUGUGCUUACUUGAGUAGGGGUUCAAGUUUCUAAGCAAUUAUAGCUUCCGUUCUGGGUGAUUCUCUUUCAAUGAGUCUUCCUGGCUCAACAGCAGACCUGGUGGGAAAGGAGAACUGGGGGUGGGAGUGUUGAAUGCAAAGGCACAAGCUCUCCCCCCCCAAAAAAGUCUUUGGGCUGGGGCUGGGUAACCCCAACCUUGAGGGGGCGGAAGAGGCUGAGCCCUUACUCCCCUGCCCAUCACCUACAUCCUCCUCUCUCUUACCUUCCAAUGUUGGGCACAACUUGACACCUCUGGCUGUCUGUAAUAAUAAUACCUUUAUUGUCAAUGUACAACCUGUGUACAAUGAAAUUAAACAAAACAGGGAGGUAUCUGAAGAAGUGUGCAUGCACACGAAAGCUCAUACCAAAAUAAAAACUUAGUUGGUCUUUAAGGUGCUACUGAAGGAAUUUUUUUAUUUUACUUCGAUCCAGACCAACACGGCUACCUACCUGUAACCAGGGAGGUAAGAUGGUAGAGUAGCAGCCACAGGAACAUUACUAUUUCCUCUUCCUCAGACCAUUCAGUCCUUCAUGCUUCCUCCAAGUUCUUUGUCUUCCUUCUUUCACACUCUGUCCUCUUUAACACCUGGUUGUUCACAUCCUCCUUUUACUUCCAUUUCCACCCCUCCAUUUUACAGCCUCAGCUCAUUUAUUGGUUGAUAAGGGCUGUUUUUACAGACAUCUCAGCGAAGGCAACAGAUCCAGCAGCAAUGGCUAACAGAACCAUAGUGUUCCUUCCCCCAAAUUGUGACAACAUAAACCAGGCAGGCCAGGGGGCCCCAAAUACUGUUCUCCAACUACCAGAGACAGUUCUCUAUGGAGGUCAGCAGCUCGGAGGCCCUGAUAACCAGCCUCAGCAGAACGGGCAGGUGGGAGCCAUGGAGAAACUCCGCUAUGUAGAGACCAAAACUCUGGGGGUUAUCCAGAUCAUGAUUGGAUUGGUACACAUUGGCUUUGGGGCUGUCUCCCUUGUUCUUAUAAGUUACUACCAGUAUAUGAUUUUUGCUGCUUUUGGAGGUUAUCCAUUCUGGGCUGGACUUUUUUUCAUUAUUUCUGGAUCCCUGGCUGUGUCAGUUGAGAAAUAUCUUAAUACAAGCAUGGUGAAAUGCUGUGUGGGAAUGAACAUCACCAGUUCUAUAAUGGCAUUAAUUGGCAUCGUGCUCUAUUUGAUGGAGCUGUGUCUAAAUGCUGUUCAGACAAAACGUAAUUAUCCUAAUCAGGACAAUUCUCAUAAGUUAAGCUACCAAAUAGGCACUGGUCUCGGAGUCCUCCUCUUCCUGUUCACCUCCCUGGAGUUCUGCAUUGCAGUUUUCACAGCACAUUUUGGGUGCCUGGCCGUCUGCUGUAACAAUGAGAGGGCCAUUACUUUCAUGCAGUACACCACCUUUCGAGGUGGUGUGAAUCCUGGUGAAGACAACCCUGCUCCUCCAGCCUCCAGUGCUGCACUUUCUUCCAAGGAAGAGGCUUACUGAAGAACCCAAGAGAAAAGCGAUCAAAGAUAUCACUUCCAAGAAUCCAGGAAGUGAAAUAUUAUUGAUGUAUUAACUUUUUUUGGAAAAUAUAUCUAUCACUCGGGCUAUGUGCUGUCACUGCAAUUUUUAGUAGAUUGCCCAAUUUGAUUAAUAGUCUAAAAUGUUAAGGUAUGGAAUUACCACAGAUGUUGGAGUGGGGGCAUAGCUGCCAAGUUUUCCCUUUUCUCGCGAGGAAGCCUAUUCAGCAUAAGGGAAUUUCCCUUAAAAAAAGGGAGAACUUGGCAGCUAUGAGUGGGGGUUGC